UCGAUCUAUCUGGCUGUUCUCCUCGAACCACUCAGCAUGGCAGACGAGCACGUCCCACUACCAUAUCCAAACCUGAAAGUUGCCCAAUGGCAUUAUCAGGUGACAUCGGUUCCCAGGCUGAAGGAUGAGGCGAGCUCUUCCUUCUGGAAAGCCGUCGAGGCAGAUGAAAUGGCUCCCUAUCUGACUUAUGUCGAGAGCUCAAAUAGCUCAUUGAUAUCGUCCCUGAGUGAGAAGAACAAAGCCGAGCUGGAUCGUUUGGACCAGAAAUUGAAGGAAGCGGAGGAGAACCAGGGAGACAGUGAGAUUUCAGAGUUCUUGAGGUCGAGAGCGAUGUAUCUCUGCCGCAUAGGCGACAAGGAGAGAGCGAUCCCAGCGUUGGAAAAGGCCUUGGAGAAGACCGCUGGUCUCGGUGCAAGGAUCGAUCUGGUCUUGGCCAUGAUCCGUAUGGGUCUAUUCUACUCCGACAGCGACCUCGUCACCGCGAACAUUACACGGGCUACAGAUCUCAUUGACUCGGGGGGCGAUUGGGACAGGAGGAAUCGACUGAAGGUGUACAGGGCACUCUAUCACCUGUCGAUCCGAGAUUUUAAAGAGGCCGCAGAACUCUUGACAGAUACACUGUCGACCUUCACCGCAACCGAGUUGAUGGAGUACGACGAUUUCGUGGCUUUGACAGUCCUUGCGUCUGGCGUAGGAUGUGACAGGAAAGGGAUCAAGACAAAGAUCCUAGCUAGCUCUGAGGUUAACGGUGCCAUGGCGACCAUCACUCAACUCUUCACGAUGACUGAUUCUCUCUACAAAUCAAACUACACCCAGUUCUUCCUCGCUCUCGCCGAAGUCGAGCAACAUUACCUCAUUCCCAACGUCUUCCUUGCUCCUCAUGCUCGAUACUAUGUUCGAGAAAUGCGUAUCAAGGCAUACGCCCAAUUGCUCGAGUCGUACCAGUCCCUCACGAUGGAGAGGAUAUGUCGAUCGUUCGGUGUCAGUGAGACUUUUAUGGACAGAGAUCUCUCAAGAUUUAUCGCAAAUGGCCGGUUGAAUUGUACCAUUGACAAGGUCAGCGGAGUGAUCCAGACGAAUAAGCUGGGAACACAAAACAAGACGGCGUUGUAUGAGCAGGUCAUCAAGCAGGGCGAUGUCUUAUUGAGUGAUGUGCAAAAGUUACAUCGCGUUGUUGGAUAAAUUAGCCCAUACUGCGUGGCUUUAGGCAGAGGUGGACGGUUGACAACCAUUUGCAUGUGCAUGAACGUCAUCAUGGAAGCAAGCUCGCCUUUCUUUGAGCUGUCAUAAUGGCACAGAGCAUAGUGACGAGGAG